GGACUGGCAGUAGGUGCGGCUAAGCAGGAGGAGCGGCGGUCUUUCCCUGGGCUCCUGGAAGAAAAUAUCACCAUAUAUCCCCGCUAAGAAGUCUACUUUCCGAUUGUGAACCCAACUGGAAGACGACGAGGAAGGAUUUCAACAGCUGGAUGCUUGUUUGGGCGCCAUUAAGACGACGAAUUUGAUAGUUUCGUGUUUACAUAACGGGCUUUCACAGAUCCUGCGACGGUGUCUUCUGGUCGUUAGCAUCUCCAGGUGACUAUAAACCAACAGGCCGGAUAAUAUUCCGUCGUUUAAUAUCAUUCAGGUGCGACACGAGUCGAGAGGUUUUGUCUUUUUUCGUCGUUUUUGUGUUUUUUUCCACCAUUAGUAAAAAAACAAGUUAUACAACAAACGAGGCCAGGGCGCUCUAGCGAGCUGGGUCUUAAAGUCCGCCGGGUUCACGCCGUUACAUUUUUGGCGGAGAGUUUCCUCUCCUGCGCCCAAAUGCUUCAGAAAUCAACUGUUUAUCAAUUCUUCCACAUUAUGGAAAAAGUUCUGUUGGAGCAAGGCUAACCUGAUAUCCCGGGCUCUGUUAUUUUUUUUUUAAUCUAAAGUGACUUUUUUCCCCUUUUUCUCCUCCUGGGACUUUUAACUGUCUGCGAAUUGAAAUAGAAAUCGAACCAACCCCUUGAGGGAAAAGACUGCUGAUCCUGCUCACGAAAGGAAUAACUAAAGGACUCGUCCAGUUGAGUAAUGGUCAUUAAUACGAUCCACUGGUUCCGGAAGGGCUUGAGGCUCCACGACAACCCGUCGCUGAAAGACUCUCUGCUGGGAGCUGAUACCGUCCGCUGCGUUUACAUCCUCGACCCCUGGUUCGCUGGCUCUUCCAACGUUGGGAUCAACAGGUGGAGGUUCCUGCUGCAGAGUUUGGAGGAUUUGGACUCCAGCCUCCGGAAGCUCAACUCUCGUCUGUUUGUGAUCCGCGGCCAACCCACUGAUGUCUUUCCCAGACUUUUCAAGGAAUGGAACAUCACUCGGCUGUCUUAUGAGUAUGACUCUGAGCCUUUUGGGAAGGAGCGAGAUGCUGCCAUUAAGAAGCUUGCCUCUGAGGCUGGAGUGGAGGUGACAGUUCGCAUCUCCCACACACUCUAUGAUCUGGACAGGAUCAUAGAGUUAAAUGGCGGUCAGUCUCCCCUAACCUACAAGCGGUUCCAGACUCUGAUUAGUCGUAUGGAUCCGGUGGAGCUGCCAGCUGAGGCCAUAACAGCUGAGGUCAUGGGGAAAUGCGUAACGCCGCUGUCUGAAGAUCAUGAUGAGAAGUUCGGGGUUCCCUCUCUGGAGGAAUUAGGUUUUGACACUGAAGGUUUGUCUUCAGCUGUGUGGCCGGGAGGAGAAACUGAAGCUCUCACUCGGCUAGAGAGGCAUUUGGAGAGGAAGGCAUGGGUGGCUAACUUUGAGCGUCCCAGAAUGAACUCCAACUCGCUGCUGGCGAGUCCGACCGGCCUCAGCCCCUACCUUCGCUUCGGCUGCCUCUCCUGCCGCCUCUUCUACUUCAAACUUACAGACCUCUUCAGGAAGGUGAAGAAGAACAGCUCCCCUCCUCUGUCGCUUUACGGCCAGCUGCUGUGGCGCGAGUUCUUCUACACGGCGGCAACCAACAACCCCUGCUUCGACAAGAUGGAGAGCAACCCCAUCUGUGUUCAGAUCCCAUGGGACCGCAACCCAGAGGCGCUGGCUAAGUGGGCUGAGGGCCGGACUGGUUUCCCCUGGAUCGACGCCAUUAUGACCCAGCUGAGGCAGGAGGGCUGGAUCCACCACCUGGCCCGGCACGCCGUGGCCUGUUUCCUGACCAGAGGAGACCUGUGGAUCAGCUGGGAGGAGGGCAUGAAGGUGUUUGAGGAGCUGCUGCUGGAUGCAGACUGGAGCGUCAAUGCAGGCAGCUGGAUGUGGCUUUCCUGCAGCUCCUUUUUCCAGCAGUUCUUCCACUGCUACUGCCCAGUGGGGUUCGGCCGGCGUACCGACCCCAACGGAGAUUACAUACGGCGCUACCUGCCCAUCCUCAGAGGGUUUCCAGCAAAGUACAUUUACGACCCAUGGAACGCUCCGGAGGCCGUGCAGAAAGCUGCCAAAUGCAUCAUCGGCGUGCAUUACCCGAAGCCCAUGGUGAAUCACGCUGAGGCCAGCUGCAUCAACAUCGAGCGAAUGAAGCAGAUCUACCAGCAACUCUCCUGUUACAGAGGCUUCGGCCUUCUGGCUACAGUUCCAUCCAACUCCAACGGUAAUGGCAACAAUGAGGCGUCCUCAGAUGGGAUGGCGUUCUCCAUCAAUCCUUCACCACAGGCUGCAUCUCCAGCAGCCUAUCAGCUGCCGGCCCAUUCACAGGGAGACUGGCAAAGUGGUAUGUUGAUGUACCUCCAGGGGGAUCCUCAGGGCAGCACACAUAAGCAGGUUCCCAGUUAUGCUCCCACUACCAGCAUGAUGUGUUACCCACAGAUCUCAAGUCCUGCACUGCAAAAAGGGCCUGAGCACUUUCCCGUCACACAGACCGGUGGGAAACGGCACAACGAGGACUCUGGCCACAGCAGAGGAUCGAAAGUCCAGAGGCAGAGCAACCACUAAAGAGUGUUUCUGUUUGUUCUCCUUCAGCCAAAUCAAAGCAGACACUAAAGGACUAUGAGGUUUACCUACAGCACUGCUGUGUUGCAUGAACGCACCUUCAGGAUGAUUGAAUGCACUCACACACGUCCCCCAUUAAACAGACUGUGGACUCUGAUGAGGACUGCACUUCCCGGGCAGCGCUGACUCACUCUGCCCAUCCUCGGGUCGAUAUCGACAGCGACAAACAUCCUUGUGUAUAUAAUGAAUUUGCUAAUUGCAGCUCACACGACUUGUACAUAUUUGGAUAUUUUAAUGUAUGUUUUCUCUCCUUGUGUAGCCAUAAACCCAUUGAUAUAUUUUUGAUAUGAGAAAUUAAUAUGGAUGGAUUUUUUUUUUUUUUGAUAGUUCUCAGUAAAUAAAUAAAAAAUAACCUAAGGCUGUCCUUAGAACCAAAAAAAAAAUAAUGCUGAGAAAGCUUUUUUGUUUGCUAACCAUCAUUUUCCCCAAAGUUUGAUCUUUGUUGAGCCAUCUGUCGUAAACUUUCAAGCAAAAGUGUUUUGGUUGAUCUCAGUACUUGUGGACGUGUUGCGUUCCUUUCCAGUGUGAUGGCGAAAUGAACAACCAUCCUGUUUUCCUUUUUUUUUGUAGUUUUAUUUUUUUUUUUGCAAACAGACUAAAAACUUUUCCAUCAGUGAUUUCCCUGUAAAAUCCCUAAUAAAUGAGUGUACCACCGACUGGAUAAUG